AUGGUUAUUCAAAUGCUCAUAUUGUCCGUGCAGAUCCAGAGUGAAGUGGACAGCAGACUACAGAAUGGCACCGGGCAUGUUUUUGAGCUGCGUCUGACCUGGAUUCAGCAGGAAGUGGUGAGCUGUGAGGAUACGCAACAACUGUACAAGAGCAUCUCCAACCCUAAGAAGAAGAAGAACGAGAGGGAAGUUCUACCAACGCCUGCAGAGAAACAGAAGAUAAAGUUACCUCAAGUUAUUGUGGAGAGGGGGAGGAAAGCGGAGAGGCCAAGAUUCUACACGUUCUACAGAGCUCCUGAUGCUGCAGAGGCUGAGAUGUUGUUUGUGAAGAACGGGAAGUAUCCAAAGGAGAGGUUCAAGAAUCCAACGCCGCACAACUUCAGACCUUUGGAGGAAGAUGUUCCAGACUUCAUCACCAGAUAUGACAGAGACUCAGGCCACCUCAGGAUCAAACUGAGGACGAUGGACACCAUUCAAACAUCCUCACCUACUCGCACGGUCAAACGCACUGAAUCAAAGAUGGACACCUUCAGACCCGCAGAGCCCCAGUGGGACCCCAGACUGCUACUACCGACUGGUCCCUGGCCUCCUAAGUCUGCCUCCUACACAAGACACAGGCGCAGAAGAGGAGCGUACAGUGCCUUCUUAGAGCGUGUGGAGGACAAACUUACGAGAUCCUGGCAGAAGUUAUGA